CCGCGCACCAGGCAGCGGCGGCGGUGUAGCCUAGGGCGUUGGGCAGCCUCCGAGCCCAUGGCGGGGAGCGACGUGGACAGCGAGGGCCCCGCACUGAGGGGCGGCGCGGCGCGGCGUCCGGGGGCCCCGGGCGGGCCAGGAAGCGAGGCGGCAGGCGGCUGCCCCGAGCUGCUGUCCACUGCUGAAGCGCCGGCUGAGAGCGCCACGCUGCCCGCCUGGAUGCGCCUCUACUUCUACGGGAUGCACGGGAUCACCCUAGACGUGCUGGUGUCCUCGGCCCGGCGCUUCGCCCGCAGCCCGGACCUGCGGAUGCUAGGCUUCUCCUCGCCCUACAGCUGCCUGCUGCACUCGCUCACCCAUUUCGCCCUGGAGAAGGUCUACCUGCAGCAGCGGCGCUGUCCCAGCGCCUUCGUCUUCAAUUUCCUCCUCUACCCCUCGGCCCACGUGGGUCUGCAGACCCUAGCGGGCCAGGCGCUACUACUCAGCCUGGGUGGCGGGGCCGGGGGCGCGGUGGCGCCAGGGGCGCUGGACCUGGCGCUGCAGUACGUGCUGGCGCUCUACCACUGCCAAGUGUUCCUGAAGCGCUUCCUGCGCUUGCGGUACGGGCGACAGAGGCGGCGGCGGCAGCAACAGCAGCAGCAGCAGCAGCGGAGGAGCGCGCUCCCCGUCGCUCCGGGCGCCCGGGUCACUACUGCGGCCGGAGCCCGGCGGCGACGACCCCGUGGCCCCCGGGGCGCCGGGGUAGCCCCCAGCCAGGGGCUGCCCGACCUACCCCGCUUUCUUUUCUUCGGAAUGCACGGCUUUCUGGAUGAGAUCUUCUUCACCUUCUUCUUCAACGUACUGGGGCAGGGGGACGGGACAACCAGCGGCCACACGUCGCUCUGGUCCUUCUUUAUGUAUGGCAGCUGCAGUUUCGUGGUGGAAAAACUCUACUUCCACCUCCACUACAGCCGCGGUUGGGGCACUUGGAAGCGGGUGCCCAUCUACGUGAUCUUCAUCUACGUGUGGGAGCUUUCCUGGGGUCUGGGACUCCGCACAUGCGGGGCUUGUUCCUGGGACUAUUCUCACUACCCGCUCAAUUUCAUGGGCCUCAUCACCCUGAUGUAUUUACCUGGCUGGAUAUUCCUUAGUGUGUACCAGGACCUAAUUUCCAACGUGUUGUGGAGGGUGCAGUACGUACCAACAAACUAAAACCAAAAAAGAAAGAAAGAAAAGGAAAAAGUCACUGGAUUCCCACGAAUGGAUGCGAUUUAUUUUUACACAUUUAAAAUGAAGUGGGUUUUUUAGUCCUUUAAUUUUUAUACGCUUUAUUAAAUCUUCCAAAAUGCUUUAUUCCACCUUUUAGUUUUUCUAUUUGAAACCCGUGUAUAAUAUACUUUGAAACAUUACUCGAAACAUAAUUCAAAGUACUUAAUUCUCCAAUGUUUUAAAACGUUUACAAGCCCAAACAGCAAAACCGUUAUACCUUAACAUCAGAAUGGUGUAGUAGUGUUUACCCAUCUGGCCAUAGAUGAGUGAUAGCUACUAAUUUUUUUUUGCGGGGGGGAUCUUUAAAUCAGAGACCAGUGAUUUUUACAAGAUUUGGCUAAAUUUUCUGAUUCAAUGAUUUGUUUACUUUCUUUUUAAUCUAAUUUCAUUUUAAAUCCUUGCCAUAUUUACCAAUGACUGAAGAAACUCAAUGUCUUGUACUCUUGAAACUACAGUUAAUAGCUCUUAAAGUGCCUCCGUCUAGCACACAAGUGAAAAGAGGCUGAAAAAUGAGAAAGCACGUUCUAUGAACAGAUUUUUAAAUGAGAUCUUUUCUAGUAACUCAGACAGGUGACACUGUGUUAAGAUAUUUGAUCUCCAUCCUGGAAAUGAUUGCUUUCCAAUGUGGGUAAGCCUUAAACACCAGGUGUGUUAACGUUGAUCAGAUCCUGUGUUAUCUAUGGCUGUACAUUUUUGUUACUGUGCAAUAAUGUAAAAUGUUUACCUUACAUAGCCAAGGGCCAAGUGAAAUUAUAUCACCUUCCACAGUGUUCUAACUCCAAGGACCCUUUUCUACAUGGAACUUCAAGGGCAGAACAUUACCUUUGAAUAAAAUGAACCUGAAUGUUCA